ACACCACGGCUGACAAGUCCUGAACGUAAAGACCGCUAGCCAAGGAGUCUCAAGAUUUUGUCGGGGGUUACGGCCGCUUUGUGGCCCUCAGGGGGCACCAGGUGUUAUGCGGGGACCAUUGCGCUGGGUGUUUUGGGAUGUGAAGGACACUCUGCUGAAGGUGCGGCGCUCCGUCGGGGAGCAGUACGGCGCGGAGGCCCGGCGUCUGGGCCUAAGCUUACCUGCUCCCCAGGUGGAGGAGGCGUUCAGAAAGGCCUACCGGCAGUACGCCCAGCUCUAUCCCAACUAUGGCAGCGCUCAGGGCAUGGGGGGCCAGGCCUGGUGGGAGGGAGUGGUGCGGAACACUUUCACCCAGUGCGGGGUCCAGGACCCAGCCACACUUGACUCACUGGCACACAACCUGUACCAUAACUUCAAGAGCCCAGAGAACUGGGAGGUCUUUCCUGACUCCAAACCCACCUUGAAGGCGUGUGUGUCUCUGGGGCUCAAGCUGGCCGUGGUCUCGAACUUUGACAAUCGUUUGGAGGGGAUUCUACGGGGCUGCGAUCUCCUGUCCCAUUUCACCCUCUUAAUAACCUCGGAGAGCGCCGGAGUGGCCAAACCGGACCCGGCCAUCUUCACCAAGGCCCUGCGGCAGUCUGGGGUCCCGCCCACGAGCGUCGCACACGUCGGGGACCACUACCUGAACGACUACCUCGCGUCCCGUUCCCUCGGUAUCCACGGAUACUUGCUGAACAGGCUGGGCCGUGAUGGCCAUCCGGAGGUUCCUCCGCGGCACGUCCUUCAGAGACUGGACGAGCUGCCAGCCCGUCUAAAGCAGCACAUGGACUGAGGGA